GAACUACGCCUAGCGGUAGAUUGGAGGAAAUCUCUACAGUCUCGCUUCGUGAUUAUGAUUAAGACUUUUGCUUAAGCUAAAAUUGAUAAAUCGUUUGUAAAAUGUUUCAGAAUUUCGUGACAUGCAGGAUUAAUUUAAUAGGUAUUGCUCGGUCCACACAAUCACAGAGGAGAUUUAGAAAUGGCUCGAGAGAACAUUCUUCAUCACGCCAUCCAUUGUUACGAACAACCUGUUUUCAUUUACCAGAUAUACAAAGUUUAUCAAUUCGUUCAUAUUCAAAUCCAGCACGAAGACCCAGUUUCUUUUCUCAAUUUGUUGAAAAUAUUAAACAAGAAAUGCAGAAAAAUAAAGAGAUGAAAGAAUCAUUAAAGAAAUUUCGUGAAGAAGCAGAGAAAUUAGAACAGUCAGAAGCGUUGCGUUCAGCGAGACAAAAAUUUCAAGCAGUUGAGUCUGAAGCCUCCAAAGGAUCCGAAGCCAUAAAAGAAAAAUUGGACAGUCUAAAAGAAAAAGUACAAGAGGUUAUUGAGGAAGCAAGUAAAUCUGAAUUAGGCAAAAAAGCAGGACAAUUAGGUGAGGAAAUAACUAAGUCGGCGAAAGGGGCAGCAGAAACGAUUUCGGAAAAAAGUCAAGCACUUGGAAAAACAGGAGCUUUCCAAACUAUCUCACAGACAGCAGAGGUUGUAAGAAAAGAGUUGGAUCAUCAAGGAAUGCAAGGAAGAGUUUACGUACCACUUACUAAAUUAAGAAAAAGAAAAGAAAUAGUAGAUGUAUCUUUAGAUGAAAAGCAGUUUCAACCUAAUAUGGAUGCACGAGGCGUUGAAUUGCAUAAAGAUUCUAAAUUUUUUCAAUCUUGGCAAAAUUUUAAGGAUAACAAUCCAUAUAUGAAUAAAGUAUUGGAUUGGAAAAUCAAGUAUGAAGAAUCGGACAAUCCUGUAAUUCGUGCUUCCAGAUUUUUUACCGAAAAAGUUAGCUAUAUGGUUGGUGGUAUGUUCCAAAAGACAGAUUUGUCCGAGACAUUAACGGAAAUUUGUAAGCUGGAUCCAAGCUUUGAUAAAAAUCAAUUUUUAAGAGAUUGCGAGAUAGAUAUUAUACCAAAUAUACUCGAAGCUAUGGUUAGGGGGGAUCUUGAAAUUUUAAAAGAUUGGUGUCACGAGGCCGCGUUUAAUGUAAUAUCGCAACCUAUUAUGCAAGUACAAAAAUUGGGAUAUCAUUUAGACAAUAAAAUCUUAGACAUUGAAAAUGUAGAUCUUUUAAUGGGUAAGAUGAUGGAACAAGGUCCAGUUUUAUUGAUAACGUUUCUCAGCCAACAGAUACUAUGUAUAAGAGAUAAAGAUAAUAACAUAAUUGAAGGAGAUCCUGAAAGAGUGAUGCGUUUCAAUUACAUUUGGGUAUUAUGUCGCGAUCCAACGGAACUCAAUCCAAAAGCUGCUUGGCGUUUACUUGAAAUUAGCUGUUCGAGCGUCAAGCAAUUUGUAUAGUGCACUGAUUCUAGAUAAAAUUCAUAUUUUAUUUCCGGAUAAUUGAUGUCAAAAGCGAUUAAAAGUUGUUUUAGAUGUUUCUUUGUUUUUUUUCUACAAUGGAACAGCACAUAAUGGUUGAAUCAUUUUCUCCUAAAUAAGCUGGCUAAAUAAGCUGGCUGUUAUAGUUACAAUUAUCAGAUAUUUCUUCAUACAAUGUCGGAUUAAAAAAGUACCGUCAUAUAAAAAGACAUCAUUUGAAACAAAAAUUCUUUUCUUGCUUCUUACAAAAAGGAAGAUCAAGAGAGAGAGAGAGAGAGAGAGAGAGAGAGAGAGAGAGAGGUAUCGGUACGUGUAAUUUUUACGUGAAGAAUAUAAUUCUAUCAUCUGAAAAUAAUUGAAAGAAUCAAUUGAAAGUUAACAUGGACAUUAACAUGAAAAAUGAAUAAUUGAGCACCGAUGUAUGCCUAUUAUUUUAAAACUAUACCAUAUAACAUGGUAGAGAUGUGUAUACAUUCAUGUAACAUAAUUUUGUAUACAUACCUUACAAAUUUUAGUUGUAUGAUCUCUGUAUAUAUGCGAUUGCUUUCAUUAAGAAUAUCUAUAAUAAACAAUAGACUACUUUGUUAGAUCCAUGAUGUUUUUUAACCUUUGUUAUACUAACAGUUAUAGAUAGACACGUUGAACGAGUUCAACAUUUAAUUUUGUAUAUUGCGAUAAUAUGAAAUAGUAAGACAAAUGUAUUAAAUUUAGUUAAACAUGUAAUUAGAUAUGAAGUAUUUGCUAUUUAAGUGUGUACAUAUUUACAAGAUAUUAUUUAUAUUCCACGAUGUACAGUAUCUAAUUUCUUUGCAACAGUGUUAAUUUAUUUUGAAAAACCAUGGGAAACAAAGAUUAAAAUUAUCUAUUAUCACAAGCUGAAAUAAAAUGUCAUUAUUUGAUAAAUAUUAAUUUCACAAAUACAUAUCCCAACAUUUGCAUUAUAAUAUACAAAUAUUAAUACGAUAUAAUUACAAAUAUAAAAUUUCCAUUAUUACAGAAUACACGUAUACACAAUCUGUAUGGAAUUUAAAAUUACAUUAUCUUAUCAUAAUUCUGCAAGUUCACAGUAUAUACGUGAACUUUUUCUUUUUUCUUCUUUUUUUUUUCUUUUCUUUCUUUUAAUUAAAACAAAUUAAUUCGA